AGUACACAAAAUCGCGCAUGCGUUUCCAAACCGCCGUCACCGCUCUCACGAAACCUCGCAAAAACUGAGAGCAGAAAAAUAUCGACCCGCUCCUGUCAUCGUACUGUACAGAAUUUUCUGUUCGCCUUCAGAUUUCGCCAUCAGUUCUGGCCGUCGCAGUAGUGGCGUACCACAAAUUCAGUCCCAGCGUAAUUGUGUGAUUCCAUUCGGCUAUCAAUUAGCCCGAGGGACGUUUCAAUUGGUGCAGUUAACAAACGGCCCCCGAGAUGUUCUUGCGCGUGCAGCUGUUAGCGUUGGCGCUGGCGGUGACGCUGGUGCAAAGUUCGAGCGCUUACUACAGUGGCCCGUUCCUAUUUUGGGGCCUGGACGAUCUGAAGGACCUGCAAACACCUGCCCUCGGCGAGCUGGACGAUAAGAUGCUGCGGGAUCUGUACUCGAAUGCGGCCGCCGUGGUAGUGUUCCUGCGGAACGGAACCACCAAACUGUCGGCCGACAAUUUCCCCACGUUCAAGCGCAUUGUGGAAAAGUACGAAUUUAUGUACAGCCCGCAGCAAAUGUUGAGCUCCAAUCCGCUCGAUUACAAUGUGAACGCUGAGGUUAUCAACCUAGUGGGAUCACCGUCCCAGCAGGAUGUGGAACUGUCGGCACUGUUCCGCGACUCGACGGAAAACUAUGGCGAGCGGAAGGUGCUGGGCAUACUGGCGAACCAGUGGGAAGAACCGCACGUGAUGCACAAGCGCGAAGCUAAGGGUGGCGAAGAGCUGUACUCGACCAGCAGCACCACACCCGGCAGCCCGACCGACGAGCCGGAAAUAGCCGACUCCAUCUACAACGUGCCCGGGAAGGCGAUCCUGUACAUGACGGGUCCGCCCGUGCUGAAGAUGCUGAACGAUUCGGACGAGGGCGAAACGACGCACGUGCUGGACAAGCAUACGCUCGCGACAUACGAUGCGCGGGAGCGCGAAAGUAAAAUGAUUGUCACGUUUAAGGUGGACGAUUCGACGAAGCUCACUCUGAAGUUCCGAUUCGACAUGGACGCCGGGUACUGGUCAAUGUCGAAGGUGGAUGUGUUCGUGAUGGACACCAAGAGCAAGGACGGUUCCAAGUCUCUCGAUACGACGCUCGAGCUGGAGGGUAAAGCACCGUACGCACCGCUCGGUGCUUCGUACUCUUGCGCCCGUCAGCUAGUAUUCCGCAACGGCACAACCAUCCUGACGCUGGAAAACAUUCAGGUCCAGCCAGCCCUGGAAGGGAAGACCAAGUUUGACAGUGCGUGGGACUGUGUCGGAUUCACCACGGCACCGAUACUGUCCGGCAUCUUCGUGACGUCCUUCAUGCUGAUCGGGCUGACCAUUGCGAUCAUCGCAAUACUGGACAUCAAAACGCCGAACCGGUUCGAGUCCCGCACCGGCAAGCAGUUGACAUUCACCGUUCAGGAGUAAGUCACCGAGGCCGGCUAUCAGGUGCCGAGUCGAGUGAAGAAUGUGUCGGCGACUGUCGACUUUCUUCGCGCGUACUGGCGAGCCGUGUGUAAGUGUUGACCUUUAACAUGAGAACGACCCUUCCCAUUGGAGAAAAAAACCGGGACAGUAGGCAAAUGCAAGCGAGUUGGCAGGAUGAGAAAUCGCAGAAAACAGGUAGUGAGUGCAGCACUGUGGGGAAGGCAAUCAUCAUCAUCAUCAGCAUCAGCCACGGACGAGGCAGUCAUAGCUAGCUAGAUUAAGUUUCCGGUUCCUCUCAUCCUCUUGCGAUGAGGCUUCGGUGUAAAUGGCUCUAUCCUAUCUCCCGGUUUUAGUUUAAUGUUCUGCAGCCGUGUUCACGUUCCACGUAUGAUCGUUUGUGAUUGUGGUUAAGGUUAAAUUUCCCGCUUACCUGAUAUUGAUAUUAAUAGGGGAGGACCUGUACCGAACCCCGGCGCAAGGUUGAACCGUUACGAGCAUACAAUGUUUACCACUCUCUGUCACGAUAUUAGGAGCAUAACGGGCAAGGUGCCAAGGUACGCUCCGGAAUGUAGAUUACAUCUUACACAGGAAAAUCGAAGGCUUGCUGUUGCCUCACCUAACCGGGAAACGCAACACGGAAGAUCGGGUUGAAAAUGUUAAUGUAAAGUCCAGGGUAGCUUAAGCGAGCAAUAAAUAUCUUCUCACACCGAACAACAACCA